GCUUUGGCUCUGGCGUCAUCUUAUCAGGAAGAGUCGCCGCAGUUGGAGGAAAGCGGAGAAGCGAGGCAAGUCGGUGGUAGUAAAUAAGUGAAAAAACAUCGCUGUCCCAGACUGGAUGAAGAGACAAGCCUCUAAGGUGUAGACCUAACAAUCAAUGUCUAUUUGUCAGGGCAUUAUGCCUGAUGAGAUGGCGAGGCCUUUAAUCCGAGAAAGAGGCGAAGGAAGAGGCUCCAGACGUCUGGAAGCCUCCAUGUCUGACCCCGGCGCUCCCGUUGUCGGCAUUCUGGGUACGGGCGACUUCUCCCGCUCACUGGCACGAAGGCUGGUGGCCUCCGGCUACCAAGUAGUGGUGGGGAGUCGAACCCCCAAACGCUCCGUGGCUCUGUUCCCUGAAGAGGCCGAGGUGACGUCCCAGAUGGAGGCAGCGAACCAGGCAGACCUGGUCUUUGUCGCCGUGUUCCCUGAGCACCACUCCACGCUGGUGGAGCUGAAGCCGGCACUAGCUGGAAAGACGCUGGUGGAUGUCAGCAACGGUUUGAAAAUCAGCCUAGAGGGGCCUUCGAAUGCCGAGCUGCUGGCGGACCUGUUUCCGGAGAGUUCUGUGGUCAAAGGGUUCAACACCAUAUCGGCCUGGGCGCUCCAGAUGGGACCUCGGGAUGGAAGCAGGCAGGUUUUCCUGUGCAGUGACAGUAGCACGGCCAAGAGCUCGGUGAUGCUGCUCUGUCGUCGGAUGGGCUUCGUCCCGGUCGAUAUGGGCCUCCUCUCCUCUUCUCUGGAGGUCGAAAACCUCCCCCUGUAUCUGUUUCCCUCCUGGCAUAUCCCAGUCCUCUGCACCCUGUCCCUGUUCGUCUUCUUCUACCUGUACAACUUCGUCCGUGACGUCCUGCAGCCCUACAUCAUGGCGGGGAAGAGUGUUUUCUACAAAAUGCCAAUAGAGACUGUCAAUGUCACUCUCCCCUCCGUGGCCUUGGUGAUGCUGUCGCUGGUCUACCUGCCCGGUUUGUGUGCCGCUUUCCUCCAGCUGUGGUGGGGCACCAAGUACAAUCGCUUCCCUAAUUGGCUGGACCGCUGGCUGACCAGGAGGAAGCAGUUCGGGCUGUGUAGCUUCCUGUGUGCAGUUCUGCAUGCCAUUUACAGUCUGUGUCUCCCCCUGAGGAAGUCUGCCCGCUACAAACUGCUCAACAUGGCUGCCAAACAGGUGAAGGAGGGGGUGGACGACUCGUGGGUGAACGAGGAGGUGUGGAGGAUGGAGCUGUACCUCUCGGCGGGCAUCGUGGCCCUCGGGUUGCUCUCUCUGCUGGCUGUCACCUCGCUGCCCUCAGUGUCCAACACUGUCAACUGGAGGGAGUUCAGCUUCAUACAGUCCACGCUAGGUUACUGUGCCUUGUCCAUGGCCACCCUCCACACGCUCCUCUAUGGCUGGGACCGCGCCUUUGACCCCACCCAGUACCGCUUCCUCCUGCCUCCCACCUUCGUACUGGUCCUGAUCCUCCCCCUCACGGCUCUGCUGGGCCGCCUGGCCCUCUGUGUGCCGUGCGUGGCCGGGCGCCUCAGACAGAUCCGCCGCGGCUGGGAGAAGAGCCGACACAUCCGCUUCACCCUGCCGGACGACGGCUGCCGCAACGGGCUGGAGGAUGUCAGCCAUGUGUGAGAAACGCACUGCUGGGUGUGCGUGUGAAGAUCCAGACUGAAAAGUAGUCAAAGUAGAGCUCUUUAUGUGUGCGCUCAUGAAUAUAAAGUCCAGUCAACCACACUCGCACAGAAGAUAAAUGAUUUAUACGCUCCUGGAAUGUAUUGAUGGCUCAUCUCUAAAGCCCGUUGAGAGAUUUCAGAGAUCUGUGAGUUUCUUUUCAACAGAUUAGCUGGUAGUUCCUUAUAGAUAUUUGACCAGUAGAGCUGUGGUCAUCAACUUUAUUGCACUAUGCAUUGACAAAAAUGAGUAUGUAGUUACCUUUUACUUUAAUUUAUUGUUCUGUGUUGUUACUCUACUUGAAGCUUCAACCCAGAACUGAACAAUAUUAGCUUCUGGUUUAAUUUAUGCGAAACUGUUACGCUUCCAAUGAACCUGCUCAGGACUUACUGAAGCAGUACAACAUGGAUUUUGUAUAGCUGAAAUAAGAUCAUCCGAGGUAGACUUAGCUGUCCUCUUGGCUUUUGCAUUCCCUUUUAUUUUUUUUAUUUUUCCUGCCGCCUUUAAGACUGCUGCACAGAUAUCUGUCAGCCAGCCUUCAACAUGGCCUCAUCCUGUUUUGUCCGUAUGCUAAAUAUUAAAACUAACAUGUCUUCAUGUUAUUAUUUGUUAAUGAGGAUUUUCAUUAAUGUAACAUCAGGGUUGCAUUUUGUUUUCACGUUUUAUUUUGCAGUACUUUGACCCUUUUAAUGUGCUGUCAUAUUAAAGGUGCAUUGUGUGACAUGUAUGAGGAUCUAUUGGCAGAAAUGGAAUCUAAUAUAGUCAUAACUAUGUUUUCAUUAGUGUAUAAUCACCUUAAUAUAAGAGUUAUAUUUUUGUUACCUUAGAAUGAGCUGUUUAUAUCUGCAAACGCCGCAGGGUUGCCUUCCAUAGAGUCCGCCAUGUUUCUACAGUAGCCCAGAAGGGACAAACCAAACAGUAGAUAGGGGUGCUUGUGUUUUGCGAUCACUGUAUUUUCUCCUUCGUGCCUGGGAGAGUGAAGCGAGCGAGUUGUGAUCUGCAGCUACACCACUAGAUGCCACCAAAUCUUACACACUGGACCUUUAAUGUCAAACUGUUAGGGACUGUAUGAAAAUGAUUGAGGUGGGGAGGCGGAUGAACAUUAUUCUCGAUUUUAAAAAAAACCAAGAGCUGCUAAACACGAAGCUACCAGUUUCUAAUCUCAUGUCUUCUAAUCUAUAAAGAGCCAUCUGUUAUGAUGCAGAAUAAAAAAGCAGCUAUAAAAACUCUCUUUGGCAGAGAUUGUCGUUCCAUCACUCACUCUUCUGUUCCUCAAAUCUCUGAUACAGAAACAGACAAUAUCCUCCCCAUUUCUGUCCACCCUCCUUCCUAAGCAUUUUUCUACAGUCCCUUAUGCAUAAACUCUCAUUUGCUAACUGGAAGCUGCUGCUUCAGUGGCUGCAUUGACUAGUAGUUACUGAAUAUAAGAAAACUACCAUUAAAGUGUUAUUUUUUACCUGGAUACUAUACAUUGUUCAGUUUUAUGGUUGUAUUCAACUAACCUGCUGGUAACUACCCAUCAGUACUCAUUUGACUUAAAAAAAUGUUACUUUUUUAAUUGUUUUCAUUUAUGAUCAGGAACAACACAGUUUGCUGCUGACUUGUGAUUUCAGCAAUUUUUGUUUUGUUAUUACAUAAGUUUGUAUUUUCUCAGUUUUAUGUGUUCUUGCCAAAGAUGACUCUGUUACGUGAUAGAUUGUUUUCCUGAAUCUAAAUUAAGAUCAAAGUAGUGUACUACCACAAAAUCACGAAUGUAAAGAGAUCAAAUUGUUACAAAAUACAAUAAUGCUUUUUUGUUUUUCUCUAUUGUAUUUAAAUAAUGUGAAAUACAUUAGUUUGUAGAUAUGAGCCUCAUUGUACAAAUGUAUUUAUCAGCUACAAUUGAAUCAUAGGCUGAAAUAAAACCUAACUAACUUCUUUAAUUAAA